AGCGGAGCGCAGCAGCAGGAGGAGCGGAGCGGAGCGCCGAGCUCACUGACUGCAGGCUGUGACAACAGACAACAGCUCUUCUUGUCCUGCUCCUUUCUUAUUGCAGCACCAGCUAAAACUUUUCAGCCUCUGAGAAGUUUUGAAGCAACUAGACGGGACCAAAAAAACUACAGCUGUUUGGGAAACAGCUGUCUGCAAGAACAGGAAACCCCGUCUCAAACCUAAGGGAUGAGCUGUUUCCGUCCUAAAUCUUCAUUUAGCAGAUGGUCAGUGGCUGCAUGACCUCAGAUCACCUCUGCAACCUCUAAUUGGACUCAUCACCCCGGCGCGUCAUCCCGUCCCCCUCCAUCCUCCCCUCGCGAGAUGCAGCAGGAGCGCCUGCUGAAGGUGCUGGUCAUCGGCGACCUGGGCGUGGGCAAGACGUCCAUCAUAAAGCGCUACGUCCACCGGGUGUUCUCCCAGCACUACAGGGCCACCAUCGGGGUGGACUUCGCCCUCAAAGUGCUCAACUGGGAUCACAAGACGGUGGUGCGGCUGCAGCUGUGGGACAUCGCCGGACAAGAACGCUAUGGAAAUAUGACCCGUGUGUACUACAGGGAAGCAGUGGGGGCCCUUGUGGUCUUCGACAUGACCAGGUUGUCCACGUUUCAGGCCGUCCUCAAGUGGAAACGAGACCUGGACUCCAAAGUCACCCUGAGCAACGGGAGGCCGGUCCCAGCCGUCCUGCUGGCCAACAAGUGCGACCAGCGUCAGCACGGUCUGUGCCCUAAACUCCCAAAGCUGGAGAACUUCUCCCAGGGCCAAGGCUUCGUCGGCUGGUUUGAAACAUCCGCUAAGGACGACACCAACAUCGACAGCGCCGUCACGUGUUUGUUAAAAGCAAUCAUGUCUGCGGAGGAGGAGAAAGCGGGCGACGGCGCCAGAAGCGAGUCUGACGACGGCGUUAUUGUUCUGCCUCGCUUUGACUACAGCACCAAGGAGAAAGGACUGAGUGGCUGCGGCGGCUGCUCCUCCACCAAACCCCGACAGGGAGGCAGUGACUGACGGAGCUCCGCCCAUAACAUCAUUACUGACGGAGGACUUUGAGACGUCCUCUUUAUAACGUUUACAACGUCUCUUAUUUAUCUGACUUUCUGAGAAGUGUGUCGGAUCCGUUGUCUAAUGUUUCGCUUUUCCUACAAGCCUCUUUUUAACAAACAAAAUACUGCGUUUUGUUGUAAAAAUAUUCAUUUUAGACUGACUUUAGUAACUAAAAAAAGCAUUUUUUUUUAUGUGGGUGAUGCUAUGGUAAACAGUUAUGAAAGACAAAAUGAAACACAAGAGCGGAAAUCUUUUCAGAAAGAUGUUCGUUGAGAGGCACAACGGCAGAUUUAGGCUAGCAAAUUUUUUAAUAAUGCUAAAUUUAUUUCUGUGAAUACUAAUUGCUUUGUUUAUUUUUGAAGUGCUUUCUCUAUAUUUCAUUUCAGUUGAUUAUUUGUUUAAAACUGCCUGUUUUAAUUUUUUUAUCUGUUAUAUCAGAAUCAACUUCAUUCGCCAAGUUUGAGGGUACAAACAAGGAAUUUGACUUCAGAUAUCAGUAAAAAAACAACAACAGGAAGACAAGUAACAGUGAGCAGAACAGAAACCGUUAAAAUUAAGCAGGAUAUCAGGUAAAAGUGCAAAAUAGUUGAUGAUGCCUGUUGUUUUGGUCAGGCAUCGAAAAUGUUUUUCUUUACUUGGAGCCAUUGUUGGGGGGGGGGGUCCUUUUUGUUUUUACAGUUGGAUGAUGAGACAAGCUGUAAUAGGUAGCAUUUUAAUCAAAAUGCAAACCCAUAUUAAUGUGCCAAUAAUAAAA